CAUGUAUAGUUAAUUCAGUAUAUAUUUAAUAAGUGUUUGUGUGUGUGUGGGUUUUUUUUUUUUUUUUUUGAAUUGCUAUGAUUUGUGAAUUGAACAUAUGCAUUACCUACAUUCAUUUAUAUAUAUAACUGCAAACUUGUAUGUAUUGCAUUUUGCAACAUGUGUGUGGGUGUGGCACAUACAAAAUGAAGCUAAAAAAAGUGAGAGUAGAGGAGGGGCAUUAAGCACAUGAAUAUGCAGUAGUUGGAAUAAACUCAAAAUGUCGCAGCUAUCAAUGACCGGUGCAGAGGAGAAAAUGAUUGAAUCAUGUGCUCCUAUUUUAAUUCACCCAACAACUACAAAUAAACCUCACAUUUCAUACCUUUAUAACUCCAUGCAACCAUCUUUCAAGUCUAGAGAGAGAGAGAGAGAUGGAAAGGGGCGAGGAAAGUGGGGAAGAAAAGGCAGAAUUUCUGUGGGAGAAGUUGAGGAAUGUAGGAAAGAGAGGGCAUUCGACUCCUGCAGCUUCAUUUUGGAGAAGGAAGGAAUUGCACGACACUUUGGGGAUAAUUUCAUCGAGAAAACUUGCCGCUGCUUUCUGGGAGCUCCAUCAAUACAAGCCACUCACUAACAUGCGCCGCCGCCUCACUGCCCCUCCGCCGCCUACUCUGCCUGAAAGUUGGAGUAAUUCGAGGAGGCGUGUUGCUGACUUACUAAGGCAGCAUCAUCGAUCAAUUGAAACAAGUAGUCAUGCUACACAAACUGUGUCACCUUCGAGUUGUAGCAGUUCAAUGGAGAUUGCACUUUGUAACCCUGCUACCUCUCCCAGCUCAAUCGAAUUAAAAGGGAGAAACGGAGAGCUAACUUAUAGCUUCAGAACAUCGACAGAAGUGCUUAGAGUUUUGAACCGUGUGUGGAGCCUGGAGGAGCAGCAUGUUUCCAACAUGUCUCUCAUCAAAGCGCUGAAGAAAGAGUUGGGUCGCGCUCGUUUUCAUGCAAAAGAGUUGGUUAGAGAUCAGCAAGGUGGUCGACAUGAAAUGGUUGAACUGAUGAAGAAUAUCACUGGAGGUGGAGGCAAACCAGUCAGAAAAAGCAAGGCUAAAGUUGAGUCCACACGAGAUGAUGAACUUGAGCACGAGAGGAAGUUGAGGAAGCAAUCGGAGACCUUACAAAGAAAGUUAGCUCAGGAGCUUUAUGAGGUUAAGCGUUCUGUAGCUAGCGUUUCUAAGGAACUGGAGAAAGAAAGGACUUCGCGUAGUUUCUUGGAAGAGCUUUGCGAUGAGUUAGCAUGGGCAGUGAGAGAUUGUGAAAAGGAUCAGAGGCAGAAAUCUGACAGUGAUUUGGGUGAGAGAGGCGAUCAUGAUCAGUUGAUUCUUCGUAUAUCUCAAGCGUGGCUUGAUGAACGGAUGCAGCAACAUCAGACCAUCCAGAAUGAAAGAAAUGGCAACCAAAUGGUAGGGAAUCCCAUGUAUCGGAGAAGCUCACUGGAAUCAAUCCCAAUUAACAUGGGAGCUAGUGCUCGUCAAGAGGAAGAUGAUGAUGAUGAUGGAUCCUCAAGUAGUCAUUCUACUUGUUUUGAGGUGGACAAAAUAAAUGAAUGCAGCUUGAAACCGCAAGGACAGAAACUUCAAGAAAAUCAUUUUGAGGAAAUGCUGAAGAUAAAAGAGUUUAAGGAAAAACUCGAGUCUUCUGAUAGGAGAGCAUUGAGUCCAUCGAGGUUGCAGGCGAAGUUUGAGGAACAUAUGGCUCGAGCAAUGUCACAUGGUAAAAUAGGGAUUUCACACAAGGCUGAAGCAGUGAAAAGAAAUACUUGUGAUGAUAUAAGUGAACUGGAUUCGAACCAUGCUAUCAACAAUCUAAUCAGAUAUUACCAUUCGUUUUCAGAAAAUGGAAUGCCAGUUAAUAAAGAUGAUGCAACCUUGAGAAAGAGUUCCCAAAGUCCAGUACGCGAAUGGACUCAAAAACGGCCAGCUCGGGAAUCAGAGACAACAUCCAAAUUUCUCCCUGAAUUGAAGGAAUGUACCCUGAGAGGAAAGCUAUUUGAAGCAAGGUCGGAGGGUCAGAAAUCACGCUCACGCCAGAGAGCUUCCAUUUACCCUUCCAGAGGUGAAUGAUAUAUUGUUCCUGGCAAGUAGUUAACAUUCCUGUCUGUCUUUAGAGACGUACAUCAUGAUUGCAUUAGCUAAGCAUACACAUAAUACAAUGUAUUGUCAUUUGAUUACUCAAAAACUGAUAGCAUUUGCUUUCUAAAAUAUUCAGACAGUUAUUUGUUACUGAAAA